AUGUUACUCUAUAACGGAUACCCAUCGACAUUUAUUGAAAAUGAAUUCAAGAAAUAUUUUUCUGAAUACAUAUCAAAUUCACCAUUUUUAAAUUUCAUUGAUAACGAAAACAAAUACAACCAUACGAGACAAAAACUAUUAGGUCUACCAACACUUCGCCAAUCACAAGUAGCAAUGAGUGCGGCCCAAGCAAACAUUGAUAAUGACGAAGCAGAUGAUCGAUUAAAUCAACCCGAUGAAUCUACGAAACAACCAGAGAAGAAAACUUUCAAUUUUGACGAAAAAUUAUUCAUACAUUUUACACAUGAAAACCGUUUCCAUACAUAUAGGAAAGAUUUGCACCAAAUAUACAACGACGUCUUUCAACAAACACCGGCCAUGGAUACACGAUUGAUCGUUCGUAACCGGAAUCGUCGCGAAACUCAAAACGAACUGAUACGGAAGCGUCCAACAAAAGCAAUAUUACAAAAUAAACAACCGAGAAUAAGUUUCCAACAAACAUCGACAAAACUUUUCAUGAAAACAUUAAUCAUUCGACCUUUUUUCUCUACUUAA